GCAACAAAACACAACCACGUGUUGUCUGAGCAUGCGCAGUGCUGAUUCUAGUUGCACUCGGACUGAAUGGUUUCCUUUUCGGACAAAAUGAGGAAUAUCUUGUGUUUUUCCUGUGAAUUAUGAGCUGAAACAGAGAACUGGAGUGAAUCUGAGCACAGCUGUCAGUGUCAGAUGGAGAGUGAGGAGGAUGCAGGAGCUGCAGCCAUGCUGUGGUCCAUCCAGGAGGCCGUGGAGAGGCAGACGCUGCAGAUCGGAGCCUCCGCCUGCGGGGCCACAGCUGUGGUGGACGUCCUGAGGGCCCUGGGUUUGGACGUGGCUCCAGAGGAGGCCGACCGCUGCGUUCAGACCCGUCUGAGGAGGAACGAGGCGCCGCUGCCCGACUACCUGCUGUCCCGCAGUGAAGCUGGUGCGACGCACGCUCAGCUGAUCACAGGCGCGCAGCAGGCCAGCGGCGGGAAGGUGAGGGGGCGCUUCUUCCACUUUCAUCCUCCCAGGAAGGUCAGGCUGGUCCCCUGGCUCGCACGCUGGAUCCGCAGAGGCGCCGUCCCCGUGGCGACCAUGAACAUGCAGGUGGGCGUCCCUGAGGGCGAGGAGGUCCCCGACGCCUGGCACCAUCAGCUGAUAUUUGGAGUUGCUCCAAACGCCGUUUUCAUGACGAACCCUCUGGAUGUGGUGAGCGAGGAGGAGCUGCACCAGAGGAUCUGCAGCGACUCGGUCCUCCUGAUUCGCCGUGACGACGUCCUGCAGAGAUUAACCCCCGACUGCUCACUGUCCAGCCUCUCCGAUCACUCGUCCGACCCGCGAUGGCGACUCCUGGAUGUUGAAGGUCAGGUGAAGAGGAUGAUCCAGGAGGAAGAUCAACCAAAGAAGAGCCACAUCUGCAUCCCUGCAGCCUACAGCUCCGGGGUGACGCUCUUCGUUCUCCACGAGUCAGAGCUGUCACAGGAGCUCCUCAGCGCUCCUGAACUCCCAAUCAUUUAAAACAUGGACUCUUUAUUCUCUCAGUCUGUUGGUUUCUUCAUCAAGCUGGAGAAGCUCCUGGUUUGAUCAUUUACUUACUUCAUUUGACCUAAAUGGAUUAUUUUAAAAGUCUGACCUGAACUCCUGAGCUGAUUCAAUCAGCUUAAUUUAGGGCUGUGAAUUUUGACCCGUUAAUGGGCGUGAUUAAUAGAACAUAAUUAAUUUGUUAAUAUCGAUUAAUCGCGCUCAGACAUCCUGUGAAAUCAACGUUAUAAAACUGUCUAAAUUAAACUUUUUUGUAUUCUGUGAUUGACAUUUUAUUAAAUUAAACAGAUAAUAAUGCAUCUAUAUGUAGCUUCUGAACAAACUCAAUCUUUUAUUUUAAUAAAUAAAGUGCAGAACGAACGUCA